AACAAGGGCUUCAACAACUAGUAAUCCUCGUUUACAUCCAACACCAACAAAUAAAUAAACAACUCUCUUCUUCAUUUUCUUCGAACUUUUUCUUUUUUCUCUUUCACUUUCCCUCGACCCAAACAUGGGCAUCUCAUGGAGCAGCGCAAGCAAUAGCAACAGAAGAAGAAACCAAAAUUACCUCCAUGCCCCUCCACAGCCACCGCCACCUCCUCCUCCACCUUACUAUUAUCCUCAAGAACCCACUUCCCUCCCGGCUCCGACACCUCCUCCUCCCCCUUCAACAAGUCACCCUUAUCCUGCCCACCCCCAAAACCCUUAUCAUACGCACCCCCCACCUCCACCGCCUCCAAUUCACAGCAAUUACUACUGCUCCCAACCCUACAAUUCCUGCGGUUACUCAAACCCCAUGAUGGGCCGUUUCCCUGUUCACUACCAUCCAUACUACGCCAACCAGACUAAUGGGUGGCCCGCGAUUCGUGCUCCUGCCGUGGUGGCACCGGCGCUGCCACCACCGCCAUAUGUGGAGCACCAGAAUGCUAAGAAAGUGAGGAAUGAUGUGAACGUGCAUAAGGAUACGCUGAAAAUCGAAGUAGAUGACCAAAACCCUGAUCAUCACUUGGUUUCUUUCGUUUUUGAUGCCUUGUUUGAUGGCAGUAUCACCAUUUUUUACUUUGCCAAAGAAGAGAUGAACUGUAGGUUUGUUCCGCUAUUUCCUGAAGCCUAUGAGCCUGUGAGAGUCCCAUUUCAGAAGGGACUUGGCCAAAGAUUUCAGCAGCCUUCAGGAACAGGAAUUGAUUUAGGUUUCUAUGAAUUGGAUGAUCUCUCAAAACCAUCGCCAGGGGAAGAUGUCUUUCCUCUUGUAAUUUCUGCUGAAACAUGUGUGCUACCUCAUUCAUCUAAUGAACAUAUUGAUGAUUCUGCACAAAAUACAUCAGCUCACAUGCAAAUUACUCAAGCUGUUCUAGAGAAGAACAAUGGUAACACUUUCCAGGUGAAAGUGAUAAGGCAGAUAUUAUGGGUCGAUGGGGUUCGCUAUGAGCUACGUGAGAUAUAUGGAAUAGGAAGCUCAGCAGCAGAAGAAGGCUUCGAUGAUAGUGACCCAGGGAAAGAGUGUGUUAUCUGCAUGACUGAACCUAAGGAUACUGCUGUCCUACCUUGCCGCCACAUGUGUAUGUGCAGUGAAUGUGCUAAAGCAUUGAGACUUCAGUCAAAUAAGUGUCCCAUAUGUCGUCAACCUAUCGAGGAACUUAUAGAAAUCAAGAUAAAUAGCAAUCAUUAGAAGUUUUCUCCUGGCCAAGUUCGUACGAACUUCAUGUCCUUUUGUCUUGCCAUGGAUGCCAUCUGAUCAUACAUGUUUUAAGGAUGGAAGUGGCUGCGUGCGGACAACAUACAGAAAUCUUUAAUUGUGUGACUGAGAAUUGUCAGCCAUCUUCACAUUCAUCCUAGUCUUGGCUUGGGCACUUGUGGGUUCUUCCUGAAGAGUACAGUUUCAGAUAUCAUAGUUAAUUAUGUAAAGCUUGCAUCUGUUGGAAGUAAACUCUUUUUUCUUUGUUUCAUUUUCCCCUUUCAGAAGCAAUGUAUAUUUGUGAGGUGUUCGCUGCUCGAUGAUGUUUCCAGAGAAUAUAUGACAACAAUGUAAAGUGUUCAAAUUCUUUGCUUUAUUCUUUGUUCUUAGCCCCUUUAGAAAUUUGAGUCUGUAUGUUGUUUGACUCUA